AUGGUUAUGAGACGGGCAGUUCUUUCUGCAAGCUUCGAUAACAAGCAACGAGCUCAAACAAUGAACGCACGAGAAAAUUUGAGGCUCGAAAAACAGCAACGUGAUUUUGAUCUGUUCAAGAAUAACGUCGAGAAAACAUACAUGGUGGAAAAAAACAGGGUUAAAUCGCGGAUGCAGAGUUUGCGGAAAAAUGUACUGUCCCGAACGCAAUCGAACGAGACUGUAUCGUCAGUUUCUUCUUCGAAUUCGACGAAUUCGAAAUUUGAUGCCGCGAACGAAGUUCAUUUACCAAAGCUUAGUGCAAGUCCGAUGGAGAUCGCUGAUAGAAAAUUACUUGGCGAAUUGGAAUUAAGCAGGUCUGUUCCAGAUAUUCAUUUAAUAUGCGGAGAAAAGGAGCAAAGAUUAACGCACCUGCCUUCGAUAAGCACAAACAGUCCUCGGGUUAAAAAACGUUUAACAGACGAAAAUAUUAGGAGAAACACGUUGACCUUGAGUCCACCACACUCACCACCUUACGCUAGGACCCGAUCACAUGAAGACAUUAACGUGAACACAGAAUGCCCACUUGAAAAUAACGGGUUUAUUCCUAAAUUCAAAUCACACGAAGCCAUCGAGAGCAUAACUCUUCAACGAGAGUUCCGGGAUGUCGGUUCUUGUAGCCGGCUUACGUCACGUAGAAGAAGCUUAAGUACUAGCGACAUCACGCUAACUGAAAGAAUUCACUGUUUUCUUGAAAGUGUGGACAAUUCCCAUCUGGACAUCUGACACACUGGGUAGCAAAAGCUUUAAUUCAGAGGAGGAACAAAUCUUUGGAAACUGAUGUCCAAACGGUUACACUGGUCCAGGAGCCUAUUACGGCCGAGUGGACCUGAACGAGAAAUGCCCGGAACACUUUCAUUUUUUUAAACUUAGCUAGUUUAGGUAGUAUUGUUGAACCAGUCGUAAGGCUGUAGGUGUGAUGCCGUCGUGUACAUUGAACCAAAGUGUAAACCGAUUUUGUGUGAUGUGCUUGUACCGUCUUAACUUACUGCGCAUCAGCACUUUCAGUUUUUGCCUGCCCGUGCGGAGAUGUGGAAAAGAAUUAUAGUUGUCAAAAAUAAUUAGUCCCUUGCGGAAUUCGAUCAUGUUCUGGGCUCUAGUUGAUAGGCCGUGCAUCCCGCGUUCAGGGCAUAAACUUCAAAACUUUUUGAAGUUACUUCUCGGCCCCAACAAAACUUCACUUUGUUCAGAUAUCGAAGAUAUAAACUCGACAACAUUUUUCGCUUAAGUUAAUGGAAUGUAACUGUGGGAAUCGCAGAUGAAAUAACUCAAACACCGAGAAAGGUAAAAAAAAAAAAAAAAAAAAAAAAACUAAGAAUGUGGAGCUUUUCAAAAAACAUUAAAACAACAAAAGCCAAACAGUUUGUCUGAGUAAUACUUUGAAAUGCCUUUUGGAAUGUCAAGAUUAAGAAAACUGUCAAAACUAGUAACUAAAAACGCACACAAAAUGACAACUCAAGUCAGUAGUGGCGGGAACUCAACCACAAAUGUUUGCAUGGAAAACACCGGCGAGUGGUGAACUCUUCAGUCUAUAGUAAAAUGGGAGACUAGUGAUGCCUGAACUUACUUAAAAGUCUGUGAGUGAGAUACUAUCAUGGUGUGAUCAUUCAAAUAAAACCUCGUCUUUGGCAGCACUUUAUCAUAGCUUCAUAUACGUUUAAUAGGGCAAUUCGAUAUGUGGGCCAAUUCUUUGUUUAUUGGUCUCUUUAAGGGGUAAAAGGCUCUUUAAUUUUGACUUAUGACGACCUAACUAUUUAACACUAGCCUCUGAAUACUCAGUCGUAUAUUUUUUACCUUCAGCGCCAAAACAUGAUGAUGAUUUUUUCCCAACGAGUCUGCAUCGUAUUGAUGAUGACAAGAGUUCUUACUAUGAUUUUUUUACGGUCCAAAUUUUGUUUUGUUUCAAACAAUAUUUAAGCCAAACAUACACGCAAAUUAUAAUUAGUUCUAAACAACAAUUUUUUAAUCUUUUUGUGUUUGCAUGUGUAUAUAUGGAUCAAUUGUUUUACGUAUUGGCGACGUAUGUGUCAAGUUAAGACACUUUAAUGCCAAUAUUCUAAUGGCUAAACUAAUCCUUCAUAAUCGUACGUAUCUAUUUCAUGUCUUUCAUAUCUUUCAGCCGGAAAACACAAGCGGCUUUUGUUUUUCUUGUCUCGAAAGUUCUUUUUCGUUCAUCCAUUUGUUUUAAUUUUUCCAGUGUGUGAAUGUCUGGGCUCGAUUGCUCGAUUACCAGCCGCUUUUCGGGAAAUGAGCCUGCACUCCUACUCGCUUAGACCGCAAGGUAGCCUGUGUAGCAAGCGUUUCGGUGUGGUUUCGGAGCGAAGAAAGACCAACGAACGACAAGGAACGGGGAACAAGAGCUCACUCCCUCCCAGCUCUUUUUCUCGCCCUAUUUUUCGCGCGGUCUUUGACUCUCGUAACUUGUUCUUUGCUCCGAAACCGUACGGAAACGAACCGCAAGGAACAAAACCUCACCCACUAGAGCGGCGACCGAUCGACGAUCGGAUCGACCGAUCUCCCGAUGGAGCCCAUACACCUUGACAUUUUUUCAUCGAAUGAGUACCAUUCUUGUUUUAGCGCUCUCCUUCCAGGGAAAAUUUCAAGCAAGGCCACCCUUCCCCGCCCACUCUUGCCUCACUUCGUAACACAGUUAGGAGGACUGUGGUUCAAGGAAAGCUUCUUUCUUUAUCGCUACUGACUAAAAGAGUUUCACGGGGUGAUCUCUAAUAAGUUAAUUUCAAGUUAUUUGUUUUUUCUUGAUCUUCUCAAAUAAUCUUCAAGACGCUAAACUCUGCUAUAGUUAAGUUAAAAGGACUAUGUAGUGUCUAGCCUGCGAGCAAGCUCUCCAUUUGCGGGAUAUCGUGUAAAGUACACGCGCGAGAGGCGCGCGAGAGGAGACGCGACUGUCCCUUGCGGCUCCCUUCGCUCGCAGGCUAUGUAGUGUCUAGCCUGUGUGGCAGGCGCAAAAAGGGGAGGGAGAAGGGGAUGGCUGAAGUCAUUAUUUAGUUCCUAAGCUUUAGAGUAUGAAGAAAAUAUCAAACAAAUUUCAUCAAGGAGGACUAACAAUAUUGUCUUUGGUGAUUUUUGCCGUCCGGCAGCAGUUAAAAACUUGGCCCAAUUUUUUUUAUCCAUGUCGAUCCUUGCCAUCCGUGGCAAAAGACGAUACGAAACAGUUUCUAUGCUUAAAUAAAGUCAUAAAUAACAAAACCACAAUAUGAACUGAAGCACACACUACCAACUCCGCGGUAUGGCCAGUACCUUACGCAUGCGCACAGUGAUCGUAAGUGAGACUUCGCUGGCUAUGCCAUGCUGAUGAGUCCUAACAAGAACGAAAAAGCUGUCCAUAACUGCCACUGCCGGGGUGAUAGGGCUGUACCCAUGCGUAAGGUACUGGCUAUACCGCGGAGCUGGUAGUGUGCAUGUGCUUCAGUUCAUAUUGUGGUCUUAUAAAUAACAAAACUGGAGCAUUAUUUUGGAAUUUUAAGAAGACACGACUCAAGUUUAGCUGGAUUCACUUGCUAGAAGACGGAUCCAGUGUAUAAAAGUGUACUUCUUUAAUAUUCAUUUAUUAAUUACUUUCUUUCCUGGACAGAUAAAUUCCUUGGGUACUAUCAUAAGGUUAUUGGGCUAAUAACGCAACCGAAAACAGUGAGAGAGAUGUGAUAUAGCAGGUUGCAGGAGUAACACAUUGCUCUAACUUGAUAAGUACAACGAGUACUCCGGUUUUGAAAAAGAGUCCCGCAGUCGUACUUUUGUUGUGAUGGAUCAUUAUUUGACAUGUCCUCUCUCUUCUCGUGGCUACCCCGCUCUCUCCAACAACAACAACAAGCAAUCACGCGCGUGCUAAUCCCGAUAGCUGCUGUUAGCCAAAACAAGCCCCAAGAAGCUCAUUCGAAAAAACACGGUGUAAUUGUUUUUGUUACUGAAACUUAGUUUUUAGCGAGCCAAGCGAUACCUUACAGAUAGUUCAUAGGUGGCCCAAGGUGAAGCUGUAAAUAUCACCAGGUCAUCACCAUGCAAAGUUGAAACGCUAUAAAAGAGCUAUGAAAAAGCUCUAUGAAAGAGAAGCUGAAUAGCCCUAUAUAAAUUAUUAUUGUUAUUAUUAUUAUUAUUAUUAUUAUUAUUAUCAUUAUUAUUAGUAAAUCGGCUAGUCUUUCUUAAGUUGUGUGUUUCUUCUCCUGUGUGGUUCCCGAACCGAUUUAUGACCAUCUUAUGGCUUUUAAUGGAACCAGUUUGAUUAAAGGAUCACUGCUAGGAUACAGCAAACCUGUUGCAAUAAGACCCUUAAAGCAAAUAUGGUUUGUACAGGAGCCGAUUACUUUUGGCUUGUAUGGGUACAUUAAAACAAUGAAUUGUAUAGAUGGUCCCUACAUUACUUAACUGUGACAUCUCGCGCUUCGAUAACCUGAGAUCAUGCGUUAUUUAUUUAUUCAUUUUUUGCUUCUUUGGCUCGAGAGGGAAAAAAAAUCCCGAAAACAGAUUACAGAGAUAAAGGGAGGGGGCAUGCUCACGGACUGGCGCUUCGACAGAUUUUGUGUGAGCCCGCGAACUUAUCUUUUGCGCAUGUCAAGUAACGACAACGAAACAAGAUGGCGGUCGCACUGGAUUCACAAACUUGUGGAUCAUGUUGUCUAAAGUUGAAAGAACUCGUCAGCAACUAUAAGGAAGAAUUAGGUCUGAAAGGAAAGGAAUUUGAUGGCACUAAAAGUAAGUACUGACCUGGCUUAUUUUUUAGUUCCCUAUGCGUCAUUUAUUUGCGAGGUGCACAACAUACAAUGUAAGCUUUCACUACUGUGUACGCAAUGAAGUGUUUCCCUGUAAAAACUUACCUUUCUUUUUGCAGUUCACGUUUUUGGGUCAUUAAAUUUCUACUCAGAACACAGUAAAUUUACUGACUUACUGAACAGCAUCAGAUCAAAAUGCCAGAGCUGCGCAAGCUGGCCGGAUCCUGCAAAGGCUAUUCGAGCUUCUCUGGUAAGGGAUGGGUUAUCCAAUUAUUAUAAUUUAUUAACAGAGCAUGAUUUCCUCAAUUUAUAACUGGCCAUUAUUAAAAAGCUUAAUUUUGUAAAGCUCUAUAGAUAUGUCACAAGGCUUGAUUAUUACUCAGCCUCCACUGUUGUGCAUGGCAGGGAAAAGGAUUGUCUGCAUUGUGUACAAUGGUCACCCUUGGGAAAUGGCAAGGUGACCAUUAUAUACAAGGUGACCACUAUAUACUGGUUUGACUGUAUAAGCUUACUUUAUGUCUGGCCCAAUGACAGGGUAAAAAGAUUUUUAAAAGUCCUGACUUCUGAUUAGCUAUCGGAGGGGGCGAGAUGGGCACUUUUUCGCGAUUCCUGACUUCGUCUUACAGCAAAACAAUUUGUUUUUGCCAUACAAUAAAAUUAAUACUUUACUGACAAGUCCUAUAGGAUUUCAAAUCCCAUGGAAAACAAUUUUUGGUUCCGUUCCCAUAGAUCAUGGCCGAGGAAACCAUCUGUUAACAACUUUUUUGGUUCCAUGAAUUUUCAUGGAAACCCACCUCAGUUUUGCAAAGUCACGUAUUUUUUUCUUGGUACUGGAAGCCAUAAACCAGUAACAUGCAAUGUACUUUGGGAACCAUUCAAGAUGGGGAAUGAUAGAAAACUGAUAGAUGCUAAACAAUAUCUCACUGGGAAACUAUUUUUACAAUUGCGUUAUUUUAAGACCAUGGUAAUGACAUGGUACCGGAAAACAUCGUUACUGUGAAAUCCGGGGGCUUGUAUUUACCAUGCUUGUUCAGGUUGGGAAGGCUCUAUGUGGCCUUGUAAAUGAUGUCUGUCAAGGUCCAUAAAGAUGCAAUAAAAGAACUUUGUUAACAUUUAGCCACCUUGACCUCUUGCUCGAUCAACAGAAAAAUAUAAAAUUCAACACUGAGAAAUUCCCCAACCCCAGCAGACUUUAGAUAACAAAUGCCCCAUUGUGGUAACACACAACUUGGUAAAUGCUUGUCAAUGACAAAUGCCUGCGUGGAGGUGGGGAGUGUUGUUAUUGGUACAUUUGGAAUUAACUGAGCCAUAGGACUCUUGGUUUUGACUCUGCACUAAAUUAAUAUGCAAGGAGUUGAUGUGGUUUACCUUUUCAUAGGAAAGGCAGCAACAAAUUGAUAAUCUUGCACCUGUGAAAAACUACCUAUCAGAAUGCUUGGAUAAGCUGCAAAGUGCUAUGACAGGUACAGAGUGUAAACAAUCAGCACCCUCCUAUUAUCAUCAUAAAGGGGGGCAGCGUGGCCGAGUGGUCAGCGAGUCAGACUUGCAAUCCAGCGGUUCCAGGUUUGAGUCCUGCUCUGGCCACUUGCUGGAUCUGUUCUCGGUGGUCCCAAGUUGAAAUCCUUGGCCACUCUUGUAAAUAGCCAACUGGUUGCCUCCUGCCAGGUUGGGGUUUUUAAUCCUGUUACGUUGUAUUUGAAUUAUUUUUUUUCUAAGUAUUAGAGUGGAUUGCCUGUAAACUAGCUGGAUAAGCAAAGUGCACUUUCCACCAUAAACAAGCCUUUAAACCUUUAAACCUUUUUUCGUGCCAGGCCAACCAUACCCUGAUACAGUCUAGAUUCCAUAAAUGAAUCGCCACAACCAGUAUCAAAUUUGAAUCUACAUUCCUGCAUGUGUAAAAAUCAAGUGUUAAUUUUUUUACAAUAAGCUCUCUGUAUUUGGUCCGAUAGAAAGAUUUUUGAAUGGAUAAAAUUGCUUUAAAGAGUUUUAUAUCAAAUUCAAGAAAACUGAGGAGGUACAAAUUUCAUAACUACGUGGCGUGUCAAUUCAUUGCUCAUUACACAUGCAUAAAUGCAAAGGAUUCAGCUUUUGAAUAAUAACAUUAAUGACAUCUUGGGGGUACACUUGAACCUUGCAUGACUGUAAGAUGCAUACGUGUUGCUUCCUUUUACACAUUUGUCUUAAAUCAUUAUGCUCUACAUUUUUUGUAAAUAAAAUUUAAAAAAACUCAACAUGCAUCACCAUUGUACAUGCUUAUUUUAAGUUAUUCAUCAAUUUUGCUUUUUAGAGAAAUCAAUAAAAGUUGUUGUACAAAGGCUUGAAGCAAUAACAAGAAAAGUUGGGUAGGUGUUAUCAGUGUCUCCAUGUAUAGGUAUUAUUUGGGUGUCUCAUGGGUGGAUCAGAUCUAGGUUUGUCCAGGGGGACCACAGCCCCCUCCCCUUUUUUUUCUGUAGAAUUUUGCAUUAUUUCAAGGGUGUCACUAAGAUUUCAAGUUGCUGGGUAAAAGCGACAAGUAGGCAGGGGAUCAAUCAUUCCUUUUCUUCUGUAGCUAAUUAUCUGUGUUGAAAUUUCAUUUUUAUAGGCUGAAAUUCAUUGAAAAUGGAAGAGACUGUUUCAUUAAUUCAGACAUGUUUUAUGUUGAGGUACAGUGUUGCUCAUUGCAGAAUAGGUUUUAAUUUUUUUUUGUAAUUGCAAGAGAUGUCCAGAACAGGGCUCGAAUGACCCACCUGGUUGUCUGGGCCAAGCAGAUUACACUGUAUCUUGCUGGGUGUGUAACUUGUCUUAAUCUCACUGGUCCAAAGGGGUGGGGAGUCCAGGCAAAUCAUCUUGUACCUAUUAAUAAUAAUUAUUUAAGACAAGCAAGUAAUGGCUCAGUAGUAGCAAGCAAAAUGUGAGAGCUGUUUUCUCAAAGGAUAAGCUGGAAUUCAAAUAGUUUUUUUGUGUUUCUAGUUUCUAUGGUAACUGUUACACUUUGCGGUCGUGUCGUGUCUGUAAGUAAGAAAAGCGAUAAUUCUGAAGGCCAGAUACAAAAUACCGUAUGAUUCAGUUCACAAACGAGGAGGAUCUAUUACAAUCUCAUCGCUGCUUGUCAUUUUAUCAAUUUAUUUGGUUCAAGUCAAAAGAAAUUUUGUUAUGGUCAUCAGCAUGCUUCAUACUGGUAACAUGAAAGUGAAGUGUGACGUGGUACUUCAGAAACAUAAGCGUGACCUGUCACGCUUCAUUUUAUUUUUGUCUUUGAUGCUAGUCAUUGGUGUGCUAUAAAAGGUAAAGGUGAAGGUAAAGUGUUAAACUUAAUGCUUAAAUGCACCAGACUGAAAUAGGCAUCAUCCUGUGUGUUGAAAUCAUGCUUUAUUUUCUUUGAAAAAACAGGUUACAUUUCAUGCUUAUAUGACAUAGCAAGCCAAUAACUCACAAGUGCACAACAGACAUAACGAAAACUCUGAACACAUGCUCUCUCUAGAGAGCUAUGUUUAGCCUUGCAAACACCCAGAAACAGGGUGCUGUAUUGAUAAUGCUGUGAGGGGGUGACCUACAGUGUGUACGUGAUCCCUUUCCACAACAACCUUGCAAAAUGUAAAGAUCUAAAUUUAUCCAAUCCCAAAGGGUUUCAGGUGUAAAUAAUCAAACUACACACAUUCAAGGUAGACCUAUCUUAGUUGUUUAGAGAACAGCAAGACAAGCUGAUCAUAAGACAUACCAAGGUUGCCUCCAAUUUACAGUUAAUCAAUUUAAAUAGUGAAAAUAUCUUUUCUAUGUUACAGGUGCAAAUGGAAGCUGAUGGAACAGUUUCAGAAGUUAAAGUAGCACAUACUGGUGAUCCUGAGGUAUACAACAAUAAGCCCACAGUGUACAUGUAGGAGAGAUACAAAUUAAUUUACAUGUACUGCUGUUUAAUUCAGCACUUGGUCAAUGUUGCACACGUAAUCUAAGAAAAAUUCUAAGAAGAUAGAAGCUGUGAACCUAAUAAUGAAAGUUAUCUGCAAAAGACAAGAUUGCCUUGUCCACUCACUGAAAGGCAAAAGGAACUGGCUGUUGAUCAGAUAAGAUCUCAAGUUGAUGGGUACAUGCAAUAAAUUAGCCUGUGAAAACAUCCGUUUCUCCACGCUCUUCGGGCCGCUAGGACGUUCCACGCAAAACGUCCCCAGCGGCGAAGAGUGUGGAGAAACGGAUGUUUUCACAGGCUAGCAAUAAGUCAGUUAGGAAGUUAGUACAUGAUGUAUACAUGAAACUACAUGAAGCCUAGGGUCAUGCUCAUACACUGUACAUGUAGUAGCUGGGGAAAUUCCCAGCCUUGGACCUUUCAUGACAGCCCUGGUUAGUACAUGUAUGUCAUUGGUUUAAUUCAUUCUCAGGUCAAACCAGGGGAGCUUUCUAUACACAAACCACCCGGGUGGAAAUCUUGUGCAUAAACAUAGAGCUAUAAAAUUUGUCAUGGUGGGAGAACAAACCACUAAGAAGCAUAUCAAAAUCAGCUGAACAGACUAAAAAGAGUAGAAAAAUCGUGUCACUGCAAAUCACAGCCCAUAUCCUCUGAAAGGAUAUAGGCGCAAACCAUUUUAUUUUCCAACUGUAACUUCCGGUCUACCCUUGUAAACUGUGAGAAUCCAAGAACUCCUUUGUCCUCUAUGAAUAAUCAGGGAAGGAAACAAAUUAAUCUCUGAAUAAUCUGGAUUGAAUAUUGGCUUAACCUGGUUGAGAAUGGAUUUUUCCCACAACAGGUUCACUGGGCUGUCCUAGCUUAGCCAGGGCUGUUUCUUACUGACUUUUGAAUGGGACCUUCUUAAUAAAUACUCAAAAAGUGCCCGUUUUUUUUGUUUUUUUUUUUUGUUUCACAGAGUUGUCCUGAGCUGACAAGAAUACUAAGGUAAAAGUAAUUUGGCUUUUAGAAUUUGCGGUAACAUGUCUUUUGGAAAUAUCUGCUACUGUGACAAGUGUUUGGCAAUGAAGAUCAUACUAACGAAGUUGUUUUAUUAACCCCCAUCACUGAUAAUAGCGGUAUAAUGAGGGCUUUAAAAGUUUGCUUUGGAAACAUCAAAAUUAAAGGAACGGGUUGGAACCUUUUUCUUACCUACAUGCAUGAUAUACAGGUACUUAUUAAAUCAUCUUACAGUUGUAGAAAUACGUUGUAAUUUUAGUUUUUUUUUUCUCUUGCAGAGAAGGAGAUUAUGAUGAAUUUUUAUGCCAUUUACAAGGUCUCUGUGAUCUAUAUCAGUUGUCUCGUGAUACGUGAGUACCUGUGUUUUGUGUUACCUGCAUAUCACGUUUUGUCAUUUCAGAAGUGUAGGAAAGAGGUACCCUAUGUUUUUGGACUAUACAUCUAGGCGUUGGGCUAGCGAGUUUGAUAAAAUCACUAGCCCACAAGGACAAGCCACUGGUCCGAGAAAAACUGAGGUGGUUCGAAACUUUACAAGUGUUUGUAGCCUGCAUUAGGGGUUCAGAACUUUCAUAACUCUUAAUGAGUUCAGACAGAAAUUUUCUGUUUGUGACAAAAGGAGAGUUCGGAUUUGCUAAUCUCUCGGCAUGAGUGCUAUUGUUCGAGGCAUACAAGUUCCUCUGUAUGAAUCGCAAAAAAGGAUGAUGUUUUCUUCAAACUUCGCUGAAAACUUCUUGACCGCUUAUCCCACUCCUUUUUCUCUUCAUGCCCGGUGUGAUUUUUUGGUAAACAAUGAAUAUUUGCCUCAGCAUCAUCGGUCGUUGAAGAACGCUUUCUCAAAGGUAGUUUUUUAUUUUAUAAAAAGCUCCUUCAUUCUUGUGGUGAAUGUGCGCGAAUAAAUUCCAAGAUAAUGAACCUACGGUGGCUCAGGCCCCUAUUGUAUUGAGUGACAGGGAAACAAGGACGCAAGUCCUUUUCCAGCGUGGCAUGCGUGCUUCCACAGGAGUCAAUUGUACGAUAUAGAUAGAAAGUCCUUUGGCUUACAUUUAAACUCACUAUUGAUGAAGCGUUUUAGAAAAGGAACUUCUCAAGUUAUAGAGUUGUAGAAGAUUUAUUUUUCUGCUAAGCUUACCGGUCUAGGGUCUAGUUGGAGCACAUUUUUACUAGCGCAGGGUAAAGUUUUUCGAAGCCUGGGCUAGUGGACUAGCGUUAGUGUCGAGCACCGCCAAGCCCAGGGUAUGGGUCCUAUUCUUAUGACUUGUGCAUUGACUUAAAUUGUUGUAAUUUGAUCAUCAUGACCAACACCAACAACAACAUGGGUUCUCCAUACAAAGCUCUAUACAUUAAUGUGGGUGAAUCAUUCCUGCAAUGAUUAACCCGUGAAGCCACCAGACGAAGCCACCAACUUUUUGUUGGGAAAUGGUGUCUCAGGAAAGAGGGUAGAAAUUCCAUACUGAUGGCAUGUCACUGCUCAGGUCAAGGUAGUGCUUCUGAUUGGUUGAAGCACAUUUCCCUUGCAGCACGAGCAAUCUCAAUCAAAAGCACUGCCCUGAUCUGAGAUAGGUCAUCACUGUGGAAUUUCUGCUCUUGUUCCUCAGACGCCAUUUUGCGGGCAAACCGGGGGGGGGGGGAUUAGGGGCGACUAUGCGUAUUGUCUCAUUCAGGGUGUCUUUGGCAAAACGCCAUCAUAUUUAGCCGUGAAGAUGUCGUUUACGGUUGCACGCGAAAAAAUAAAAAAAAUAUAUAUUUGAUAUGUACAUUUUUAAUUCGUUUUAUUUACUCAAUUCGUAUAAUCCAAGUUUUCUCAUUUGUAUUGUUUGUGUUUUAACAUGGUCUCUUUUAGGGGUCAAAAAAAGCUUGGGCCACGCCCAGAUCGGUCUCCUUUAGGGGUUUAAUUUAAAAUUUCUGACGAGCAUCCCCACCCCUUUCGUAUGCGGAGUCCCCCCCCCCGGGGGAAACCAGUUGUUGCAUCAUGAAAUGUCGCCUGUUUUCUCAGACUUGUGAAAUUUUGAGUAAAUUCCAGACCACUGAAAGGCACAAAAGUCAAUUUUACCUGGUAGAUUUGGUGCCUUUUCGCAAGACCGUCAAAUUUAUACCUUUGUCGGAGACUCCCAGAUAAUUAGGGAGAGUAGGCAUUUAAAAAAAUAAUAUAAUGUAAGUAAAGUGUCCCACCAUUUUUGUCAAUAACAAAUCUCUUCAGGUUUCAGAAACCCAAGAUCUUUGCAGCUCUUAAAGCAGUUGAGACAGACAUCAACAUGAUCGCCACUCUCUUUGGGUAAAUAUCCACUUACAUAUUCUCCACAUUCUUGUCUAUGCAUUUCCUGUGGUUCUGAUGAGGAGAAUUUGUUUAACAAUCAACACUUUGCUGACCAUAAUAUAAUACACUCGAACCUCCCUAAAGCGACCGCCCAAAAUGCGAAGACUUAGUGGUCACGUACGGGUACUGGUGGCUUACAAGAAUCGAACGACAGGGGGUCUCUUCCGAGAAGAGGCCAGGACACAUCUACUGUAAGGAAGAUAAUUCAUUGCAUGUAAUUUCUAAGUUGCAAUGUGUGUAGUUUCAUGUUGUUGCUAAAAGUUUUCCCUAUACUCUGAGUAGCAUAAUUAUUACAUACAGCGAACAUAGAGAUCUGACCGUGCGUCAAGUGGUAAAUUACAAGAGGUUAAAAACAUUGGAAGAUUAUUAAACCAUAAGCCCCGAAAUGCGGCCACGGUCGCUUACAGGAGGUGGUCAUUUACCAGAGGUUUCAACUGUAAGGUUUUGACCGUGAGAACUUUGGUGUUUUCGAUAGGUGGGUGGUGAUCCCACAUGGGAGUUAGACUGUAUCAUUACCAGGGUAAUGGUGAUGGUGGUCCCACAUGGGAGUUGUACUGUAUCAUUACCAGGGUACUGUGUAGCCUGAAAAAAAAAAAAAUAAUAAUAAUAAUAAAAAAACAGCUGCCAUUUUGCAACACCACCUUAUGAUUUCCACGCAAAAUGACGUCUGAGGACCGAGUGCAGAAAAUCCAUUACGUGUCACUACCCAGAUCGGGGUAGUGCUCCUGAGUGGUCAUCCCAUGUGGGAAAUUUGCUUCAACCAAUCAGAAACACCAACCAGAUCUUGAUGGUGAUGCGUCAUCAGUAUUGUAUUUCUGCGCUCGUUCCUCGGACGUCAUUUUGCGUAGAAACUAGUGGUGGCAUCACUUCUAUGACGGCUGUUUUCUUAGGCCAGGUACUUUUGGUUUUCAGAAAUUGUAAUCAAUGGAUUAAUUCAGUAGAGGGUUCUGCCCUUGGCUCGAUUGCUUACUGACACAGAGAUAAAAAGUUUUUAUUUUUUCAUUCAUUUAUUUUAAUUUUAACAGAACAGACAUGAGUUCCAGUGAAGCAAUAACCCGGGGCCCUGUUGGAUUCGUUACCCCAAGGCAGGGAGGUGAGGGCAUUUUAUAGUCAACAUUUAUACAACUUUAAUACAGUAAAUCCUCUAUGAAGUCCCCCCUCUCAAAAAAGCCCCCUCCCUCCAAUAAGCCCCCCUUUUCAAGGGAAGAAAGUUAAUAAGCCUCCCUCUCCUCCCCUUAUUAUUCUUCACUAAUAAUCUAUAGACUGUAUCAAUCAAUCACGAUCGUAAAACGUCGUGUGGACUUAUCAAGGAUGGUUUAUUUACCAACUGGAAGUUCGGAUUUGAUUCUGAUCCUCGGCUGCAUGACCUAAAACUUCUUGUACUUGAGCUUUUCUACUAUGUAUUCUAGUUCUUUAUGGAGGGUAAAUAGAGGAUUUACGGUAGUCAAUAUUUAUUGCAUAAAGUAUGUUUGGAAAAACUACACAAAUAAUUGAAGAACACUAAAAUUUUAUUUUGACUUUUAGUUUUAUCAUUAAUAGUACAGGUUCUUGUUAUUAGGUCGACGAAUGCGGCUAGCUUAUUUCGCUUCACCUUACGAGCUACUGGAUGUAGAAAGACCUGGACAAGAUCGCCAGUUUACCAGAGAAGGUACCUACAUAAGCCUAAACAGCUAGUAGUAUUUUGAGUUACUUUGCCCCCCGCCCUAGUGGGCUGUUUAAUGUAAUUUCCGAACCCUUGUCCAGCUAAUAGCCAAAAUAUACCCCACCCUGGGUGAGAAAUAGAGGGCAAAAAAUUCCCUACCCCGAGUCCAAUUUGCAACUCCGUAAAGGGGCUUUUGUCACGGGGGGAUCGGCUGUCUUUUUUUAAAUAUUAUGUAAUUUUGGAACCCUUGUCCAGCCAAUUGCCAAAAUAUACCCCACCCUGGGUGAGAAAUAAAGGGCAAAAAAUUUCCCGCCCCGAGUCCAAUUUGUAACUCCUUAAAGGGGCUCUGUCACGGGGGGUCGGCUGUUUUUUUGUAAUAUUCGGCCAAUUACGCUUCCUUAUGCGCUAUGAAACUUCAUGUUUUAAAGGAAGAAAUCACUUGUAAAUGAAAAAAUCACAGCUUCUUGCCCAACAAAUAUACUUCCUGACAAAAAAUGAAAUUUGAAAAACUGUUGGGCUAACAAGUUUUCAAAAACCCACUAUUGCAACCCGUUUUAGUCCUUUUUCAAGUUUGCCAAUCCGUGCCUUCGCUCGUAUUAGCUUUGGUAUUCAUACCUUUUUUAAUGUUUUGAUCUUUUAUUCUUAAGUUUAUUCCAAUUUGGUGGCAGUUUCUACUGGUAGAAUUUUGAUAAAUAGCGUGACACAACUCCUACUACAGGAUGAAUUGUCACCAACUUUUCGCGCAAAGAUGUGUUCGAUCAUUUGAGAGGCCAAAAUAAGUAGUGAUUGGUAAAUGGUUGCAUUUGGAUACCAUCAAUUUAUUUAGCUUUGGUCCCUCCAAACGAUCCCUGAAAUCAUUGCGCUGAAAGCUUGUGUCCAUUCUUUCUUAUGACGCCGAGAAUUCAAACAGACGUGGACGACACGAAGUUCCGUUACCAUGGUUUGACAUUUACCACUUUAGAAAUGAGAAGGUAACUAGGGGUGAAAUGAGUCCGGCGAUUGUUUCAAGGAUCGUUACCGAGGACGCACCGGUCAGCUAUUGGCCAAUUUUGUCCCCGUCCCAAUUUGCAGUCUUUGCAAAAGUCAACUCACCCCAUUCGGAAGUGGCAAAUAACGCCUUGACGGCGUCGAAUUGGUUAAAUAAAAACAUUAUGUACAGGCUUGAUGGUUUCAUUGUUUUUGACAGACCCUCCUCCACGAGACUUUGGUUACCAGGUAUCCGUGUCAAUGGAGCAGUCAGAGAGGACUUCACUACCCACAAGUCCCCUGAUAAUGGAGCCAAUGCGUUAUAACGUGCUGGGAUGGGAUUCCAAGUAAGAGUCAUGAAUCAUACCCUCAUAACGUAGUAAAUGUUACUGCUAUUUUUCUCUCUACUUACAAACUCGUUCCCAGGGGCUGCGAUCCUUUUGGUCAACACCGAGGAUCGUUCUGCUCUUCAAGGAUAAUAUAGGCUGUGAGGGCGAGAUUUUCUCUCCUUAGCUGUACUUUAUUUAGGUAUCCACAUCCACCUAGCGCGAGGAGUGUGUACAUCGUAUGAACCUUACAUGCACAAUAAAACUCGAGGUUAAAAUCGCUUCUCAAAGAGCAGCAGAAAUAGGAAUAAAACGUAAACGGGCCUUGUAGCAGUCAGUUUCCAUUCUCUUUAAGUCUAAAGAGUCCUGGUCCCUGUAGUAGAGCAGGAGGCUCAUCAAGCCUCUGAAGUCGUCAAAGCCAAAACUUCUGGACUAGUCAAUUUUGGGGUCAUUAUACGACUCUGGGAAACUACCCACCUACCCCUCCCCUGAGCCAACAUCAACACUUACUUCUUUCUUAGGGCAAAAUGUUGGAUUAGGGGAGGGGUAGGUUGUUCUAUAUCCUCAAACUGAAUUUCCUAGUGAGAGCGCGAAAACGCGCGAAAAGGACUGUACCUGGGCUUUCGGUGGUCAAUUUGCUGCUCUGUCAUUGGUCAAUCCGUUGUUUAGAUGUGCGCGCGUCGUCAAAGCUCGCUGUCGUCACUGACUGUUGUCACGUUCAUUUUUGCUAAAUCUGUCUAUUAAAAUGUCGUCCUUUUUUAACAGCAUUAAGUACCAGUCAUUAAAUGACAACAACAGCGAGGAGUUCCAGGCAUCAUUUGUGCUCGAGCUCUGUAAACCCCUUCCAGCUUCUGUGGAAGUUGUGCAAAGAAUCUAUGAAGUCGUCGGUAAAUCAGGUAAAGAAAGAAGUAGGCUAUUGGUAAAACGUGUCAAGUCACGUGAAGAGCACGUGAAAGUCUUUCCUUUAAGUAUUUACUUACUUUUUGUUAUUAAUGCACAUCACUAUCCAUUACUACACAACACUGUCCAUCACUACACAUCACUGUCCAUCACUACCCAUCACUAUCCAUUACUACACAUCACUGUCCAUCACUACAUAUCACUAUCCAUCACUACACAUCACUAUCCAUUACUAUACAUAACUAUCCAUUACUACACAUCACUAUCCAUUACUACACAACACUGUCCAUCACUACACAUCACUAUCCAUCACUACACAUCACUGUCCAUCACUACACAUCACUAUCCAUCACUACACGUCACUAUCCAUCACUACACAGCACUAUCCAUUACUACACAUCACUAUCCAUCACUACACGUAACUAUCCAUUACUAUACAUAACUAUCCAUUACUACACAUCACUAUCCAUUACUACACAACACUGUCCAUCACUACACAUCACUAUCCAUCACUACACAUUACUAUCCAUCACUAUCCAUCACUACACAUAACUAUCCAUUACUACACAUCACUGUCCAUCACUACACAUCACUAUCCAUUACUACACAUCACUAUCCAUCACUACACAUCACUGUCCAUUACUACACAUCACUGUCCAUUACUACACAACACUAUCCAUCACUACACAUCACUAUCCAUUACUACACAUCACUGUCCAUUACUAACUUAUUUCUUUUUUUAGCUAGAUUCAUUCCAUAAUUCCGUUUCUGGAUAUUGCUUUCGUUAUCAAAGAAAUCUUUCUGCAAUAACAACAACAAAUAUAAAAUGGAGGCUUAUUGAAUCUAUUGAACAAUGAAGAUGACUGCUCCCCAAAAACAGUCAUGGCAAAAUUAAAGGCAAGAUUUAUAUAGCUGAAAUAAAUCCUGUCUUGAGAACUAGCGCAAACACAUGGAUGAUCCUGCAUUGCAGAUGGAAGUGAAAUUUGUAAGUUUUGAGAGGAGAGAAAAACCGGAAUUCCUGAAGAAUAAACUCUAGAUACAAGGAGGAGAAUCAACAACACUAGAAUUCGACUACAAGAAAAGUCGAAGCCGGGGAGAUUUAAAAAAUAUACUUAAAGAGAGAGAGAAUCAAAACAGUUAAUUUCAUAUACAGUCGAACCCCGCUAUUUCGAAGUCCCAAGGGAAAUGAAAAAAAGUUCGAAAUAGCGGGGCUUCGAAAUAACCGGGGAAGCGUAAAGGGGAAGGGUAAAUCCGAGGGCAUUCGAUCUUCCUUCGAAAUAGCGGGGACUUCGAAUUAACCGAGUUCGAAAUAGCGAGGUUCGACUGUAGUAUAUUGAAAGAUAUUGUUCCAUCGUGGUGCUUAUUUGAUAGUGUUCGUGUGAUAGUCACUCUGUUAUUGAUGGCGAAGUUUCGACGGCAAACCGCCAGUCUUCAUCAGGCGAUGAUGUCGAUUUGCUGUGGGACUAUUAGUAGUAAUGUGGCUUGUAGUGAUUAUUAUUCACGGAGACAACAGUUUAUUCUUUAUCUGUUAUGUCUUGUAGGAACUUUCACUCAUUCUUCAAGAGUACCUAUCGACAGUCUUAUCAUAAGAGAGGUAAGGUGUUCAGCAAAGUUAAUUAGCUUGUGUGGUAAUCUUAAUGUUCUCAUUUGCUUAAUUUUGUCUGUUUGCUUGUUUGCUUGUUUGCUUGUUUUUUUCUUAUGUUACCGUUUGUUUUCACUUCACAGUGGUUAAAACAGAAAAAUGUUUUACCAAGUGAACAUGGGAACACAUAUUAUGCGGUAGGUUUCAAACGAUUGCGAAAAAAUGUUAUUUUUUCUCAGCUCCAAGAAUAAGCUACAGAUUUUGCUGCUCUUAGCCCCAGUUGUAGUUUUCCCGUGUUUGGUACUGCGUCAAUCGUACACAAUGUUUUAAACCAGAGAAGAGGCGAGAAAUAAAGUAGACGGCACUCCAAGGUGGCGGUUGAACAACAACGUGCUUUAUUCACGAAAACAAGGCUAUGAUGGGACUUCUUUCAUAUAUCAACAUUAUAACAAGCACAGGUUGCGUGCUUUCUUGCGAAUGGAGCCAGUUAUAAGCCACAAUUUAGUUGACGUCACCUUUUACACCCAAAAUACUCUCGAAGCAGUUAAAGAAAUAGCAUUUUUGGUGAGAUUGAUAGAAACGCUGUGAACGCAUAUCAGCCAUUUUAUCCCAAGCAUGACUAAUCGAAAUUUAAGAAAAGGCAACGUUGAAAUUUGCCUAUUUAAGCGACUAUAAAGGUAACAACUGCGGCUUUCAUUUAAAGGAGGUGUGUUGCACUAUCUACUCUAUUAUGUUUCUAAAAUAGCUAAAACGUGUCUUCGCAUCAAAAAUAAUGGUCCAGUUUGAAAACAGAAACCUUUCUAGAGUUGAAUUGAACAGUAAUUAUUGCCAACUUUUCAGCAACGAUUAACAGAGGAAGCAAACGAAACGCUCACCAUUCCACAUUACCAAUUCGAUUCUCGUUGGCGUCGUCCAAGAAUCCAUCGGUUGAGUCAUCCGAAGCAGAUUAUUCUUUUGAAAAGGUUGGCCGAAACUGGUACGACUCAACUUCCACGUUCAAAGUUAAAAAAAUAUGUAAUAUAUAAAUAUAAACAAGGGCAACGGUGACAAAAAAUGGGAACAGGAGCAAGACCCACUGAAGACAAAAAUUCAGCAAAAGAUGAUCGCUUCAGCAAGCUCACAAACUGUGACGUCACGUAGUCUAAAGCUCGUUUCCAUGUUCUCCAGUCAAUCGCGCGGUCAUUUCAGCAACAUUUUCGUUGAACUCUUCGGCAAUGCUUUGAUUUUUAUCUUUUACUGUCUAUAAAGGCUUGGGAAGAAAAAUCUUUGCCCAAAUCUCACUUAGGAUGGUUCAUUUUAGUAUUUGGUGAGGGUAAAACAACAGAAGAGAAACAGACAAUUUUUUUGUUCAUUUGACCUUUAAGGCUAUAUUUAAUUAGGCAAUGAAACUGUUUCUCGUAGUCUGCCUGUACUGGUUGUAAGGAUGGACAUGGAUCGAAUCUGGACAAAAUUGGUGCAGCUUUUUCGAGAUUGAAUGCUGUGCCUGCAGAAACCACAAAAAUAACUACUGUGGUUAGUGCUCCCGAAUGGAGGAGCAUUUUUUGCAUCGGUAAAGACUUCAGCUCGGAACUGACGUAAAACAGCAAUAUCAUAUCCUCGUUACAUAGUCCAUUCUAAGGAGCCCUUAGAAAGUUUUCAGAGUCCAAUUUCCAUUCCUUAUUUUAUUAUUGCAGAGUUUGCCUCAACACUACCAUGUUUAUCACGUGACAGAAAACCAGUCAACUACAGACGAGCUCGUGCAGCCUUCUGGGAUGGGUCUGUUGCUGUACAGAAUCGCAUUCACUCAUCCAAGACAUAUUCCAAAAAUAAUCGAGGUGAGACAUCACUGUGUAUCCUCUCCCCCCUGCUCAGCACGAGCUUUGAUCUCACCUGGCUAACCCCCCAGCGCAGUUUUGCUAAUCUCAGGAGUCCCGGGCUUAACCCCAGCCAGAGUAUAGUCUAGUAAUAUCAUGCUGGCAGCAUUCAAGAUCUUGUCUCAGUUAUGUUCUUAGCAAUAAUAAUGAUGUGAUGAUGUUUAACCUUAGGUCUUGUUCUCGUCCUUCGUUUAUUAUCUGUAGUUGAUUCGAAGGGGACAAAAAAAAUCCACACUACUUUUCUAAUAUUAGGGGAAGUUUUUGAGGUGGUUUGUUUUAGCUUUGCAUCUUUGAUCAAUUCACACGUUCUAUAAAAAAGUCAUGGGUUUGUGGGUUACAGUAAGGUCCUAAGUAGACCGAUCAGCGGAAACCAGCAGCGCCCUUGUAUGCUUCUUCGUUUGUUAGUUUUUCUACAAAUAAAUUCUCUGUCAGAAAUCCCGCUACUGAACUCAUCGGUUUGUAGUCUUGGUUUUGCCGUUCAAUUUUUUUAAAGCACGAAAGCACCUUCUGAAGUGAAAAAUCGAAAGAAACCUAGAGAUAGAACAGACUAGACUGUCGGUCAUUUAGCGACUUGAAAACCUCGACUGCCGGUCAAUGAGACAUUUUGUUUGUUAUAAUGAUGACAUUUUAUACCUGGUUGUUUUAAUUUCAGUUGCUGCGGAGGCAAGCAAUGUUUAAUACGCUGAUGACGAGUGCGUUUAGAAGUCAUGAGCCCCUUAAGAAAAGUAAGUGUUCUUCGACUUUCGGAAAUAAAGAAAACCGCACGAGUAAUGCGUUUCAAAUCUAAUUGUUCAUAUAUUGUGUUUAUUUAGAAGAUGGCAGUGAGGAAUAUCUGUUUGAAUUGCGGUCAUGUGAUCCUUUUACUCUGACAGUGACAUUUGAACAUCCCUGUACUCCGAGCAUGGCAUCCAGUAAGUAAGAAAUAACGCAGCUAACCCUCGGCGAAAAAAGAGACGUGAACAUGCAAGAAAACAAUUUUGAAAGCGCUUUAUGCAUUCAUAGGCAAAGUUAGCUUUACACUCGUGACGACUUUUCCCCUUCUUUGCACCGCUGUCUUUGUUUGUUUGAUUGUUUGUUUGCUGUUUUUUUUACUCGGUCUCUGUGCCGUAUGCUUGUUUUCCCGCGCUUUUCAUGGUUGGCUUGUUUGCCGAACUUUGCAGCUCUGUUUUCCCGCGCUUUUCUCGGUAGAGUUGUUUCCCGCUUUUAAUACCUUAGGCUUGUCCUGCGUGUUACAUCACAGGCUUUUUCCCCGCGCUUUGCAACGAAGGCUUGUUUUCCCGCGCUUGACUUGAUUAGCUUGUUUGCCGCCUUUUACAGCUCUGUUUUCCUGCGCUUGCAACCUCUUUCAUGACUUGCGCACUUGGCUUGGGUUACACGUUAUCUGCACUUGGCACCGCCAAGUAUGUUUUAUAUAUUUUGCUCUGAAUUCCGGUUAGCUUGCAAGCUUCAUGUCGUCUUUCUGUUAUGUAUCAUUAUAAGAUAAAUGUAAAUGUUUGGAUUUACUUUAACUGUUCUUUAAAUUUCAGUCGACGUUCACGUGACUGCUGAUCACACAAUCAAGGCAACCCUCAAUACAGUCCCAGGAAAACCACUUUUUUGUUCAAAUGAUUACAUCUCUAGAGUUUUUGAGAGGUGCGUUAUUUCCGAAGUACUUCGCCGUGCAGCCAGUUGUUUGUGUUGUUUAAUUAGCUCUGCUAAUUUUUUGCUUGUUUGCCCUUGAGGCAUGGGCCUUUAUUAGCCUUAACCCAUCGCAAAAACAGAGGCCUCACCACCGUCAUGAAUGUCUCCUACCCUUUCCGAAAAGUGCUGUAGGUUCUUUCGAAUAGGCGAAUCUUUUCUGACGUCAUUGUGUACAGUUUUCCUCAUUAGCGUACGACUUAACUCUUAGAAGCCGUGGCCGUAUAUUUGAAGUAAAUGCAAAAGUCGAAAAAGCUGGUUAAAUUGAACAAUUUGUGCAAUCUUCAGCUCUUUGAAGCAAUUUUGAAGGAAAUAUCAGCCAUCAAAAACUGCGAAAUUGCGGCAUGGCAAAAAAGUUAAUGACCCAUACAUUCUUUGUAAAAUUUCGAUUCUUUAGAAGAGAAUUUCUCCGAAACCAUUGGGUGUAUCGGGCUCAAAUUUUCAGAGAUAACUGAAAUUAUUAUACUCUUUCAGUAUUCAGAGUUCUUAUUUCAUUAGCGUCAUCAGUAGUGAUAAGCAUAUGUUAAUGUGGCAAAAAGUGUAAAGAAAGAUUCGCCUGUUAUUAGGGAGUUUUAGCAACGACGACGACAACGAGAACGUCAAAAAAGCAAUAGGUUUAGAUUAGCAAAACAACAACUUUGUACGCGCAUUACGCCUUUUUGUACAUUUAUUUGCCGUCACUGCACGACUACGACGUGAAAAUGCCUAAUUUCACGUUUUACGGAUGACGUAAACAAGCUAGGACGAAUUUUACUCUCUCUUUCUAAACAUGAAUGCAGUCCCCUAGUAAUCAACUCCAGGGAAAUUCGCUGACAUUUGACGUUUUCAGUGAAUUAGAAUAAACGCGACAAAUAUUUAAAAAAACGGAAAUUCACUUUAAAAGUGACGUUUUUUGCUGCUGUGGAUCGUCGUCGAUGCUAAAGCUCCCUCAACGUCGACGGCAAAACGUCACCAUAAAAAUGAAUUCGCGUUUCUUCAAACAUAACAGAUCGCUCAAAAUGUGGAAUGUAUGCGAACUUUCCCGGAGUUCAAUUCUUGAUGACCGCACGCAAGGAAAGAAAGUGAAAGAUAAGUUCUUCGGCUGUUGGCAUCCUCCAUAAGAAGUCGCGUAAGCAAAUUUCACAUCAGAAAAUAGUCAUCGUGAAAUAGCGGCAAAGAAAUGAACCAAAAAGUGUAAUGCACGUGCAGAGUUGUUGUUCUGCUCUGCUCUCAUGAAGCUCUUCAAAACUUUUUAUUUCAUUCGUUCUUCCUCGCACGAAGCUCUAUUAUUUUAUGGCUGGGUCCAUAGAUUUUGCUGUUUGUUUAUUGUUUUCCUACCAAAUCUUGUGAGCUGUUCUGAGAGCUUCCAGGUGGCCCGUUUUGCUCAUUAAACCGAUUCCUUUUUAUGACGCUCUUGUUGCCGUCGCCGUUGUCGUUGCACUUGCUUAUUAAGAAGGGUGAAGGAGAACAUGCUAACGGAUAAAAGUCAUCGCCCACUGAUGCCGUCAUCUGAAUCAUAGUUAAUAGCAUUGAAUUGUUAUAGAGCAGGUCAGACUCCUUUGUUAUAUGUCUUUUUUUUGUGGACUUGAAGGUGCACAACGUUCAACAGCAUUGCAUUCCUAUCAUUUUUAUCUUAUGGACCAACAAAAAACGCUGCAUUAAUUAUUCCGUCACAAUUUGUCAACAGAAAACAAAGAGGUGCCUUCAACCUAAACUGCAACACUGUUUUUGUUGUUAUUUUUGAUGUUUGUAGCCUUUCAUAACCAGUCCCCUCUACCUACUAUGUGUGAACUAAAACAAUGGCUGGUCGCUUUGGCAGGGUUCGGACUAAAGAAAUCCCCACUGGUAGACCGACGCUGACCGGUUGGCGGCGCCUCUAUUUAUUCUUAAAGUUGAACUUCUUUUUUAUCGUCAGGUGUCUGUCAAUCCCAGCUGCAAUGCGUUGUAUCAUAAGAAAAGCGCAAAGUGUCAGGUGGGAAGAACUUCCGGUCAAGGCGAGUGAAGAACUUCCGCUCCCCAUUGGCCUGAGUCAACCAACUACCAAGCUUGCCAGCCUGUCACUCCCUCCCAGUGCUGCUCUGUUCGCUGCUGCCGUGGGGACUCCGUCCAACCCGAACACCCCAGUCUUUCAUGGAACUUCUCCAUCGUUCACCGCGUUCACGUUAGAGACGCCUUCACCAACGUUUAGUGCGUUUCCGUUUUCAUCAAUUUCUCCGACAUUUUCAUUUCCAACAGCUGAAGUAAGUGCAGCUGUUCCAGAAUUAGUAACUACGGUUAAGAAGCCAGAAACUCCGAAACAAUCCACAAACCUCAAAAUUACACUGAAGAGAAAACGGGACGACGAGUAUGUUAUCGAGAAAUUCCAUCUCCCCGAAGAAAUGCCGAAAAAUGAAGAGAAUGUCGGGGUACAAGGGGCUGGCACAGUACCAAAAUCAAGCGACACUAUUACGUCAGAUACCAGCACCAUGGAAGGAGAACACUUUUCCUUUGAUCUUGCCGCUAUGUCAGGAGCCAACUUCUCCAUGGGAACUUCAUUCCAGGAUGUGACCGCUGGACUUGAUGGAUCAGCGGUCGUAUCCACGGGAGGCCCCGCUGCUGUACCAACUUCUGAUUCUAUUGCAGCAGUGAGCGCCCUAGGGAUUGUACCCUCGGGAAUCGAGGGAUUGCCCUCUACAGCGGAUCUGUUCGAUAUUGGAGCUGGCGCUGAAGGAACAGAACUGGAAGGGAUUCUUCAGAACCUAUCGGGAGUAUCACAUCUCCCCCCGGACAUUGUCCCUGGGGGUUCGGCUUUGGAUUUUGAUACGGGAUUAGGUAUGUGAGAAUUCCUACAUCUUGACUUUUUUCCCUCCAUAGAUUUUCACAUAUCCCCCGGAUAUUGUCUCAGGGAUUUCGGAUUAGUUACCAUAAAAUUCCGAAAAUAAGCUCCGGGGCUUAUAUUUUUCAAAGGCCCUUUUCGAGGGGCUUAUUUUUGGAGGGGCGUCUAUUCGGAGGGGCUUAUUUACGAUGGGAAAUUUGGGUUUCAAAAUCGAUAGGGCUAGCUUGUAGUGGAAAGGAAAUUUACCAUUUUUGCUUUGUUUUCCUUUGUAUUCGAGGGCAAAUUCCAAGUACAAGCCCCCGGGGGUUUAUAUUCGGAGGGGCGAUUUGACUGAGGGUUUUUUGCGGUACGAUUUUGAGGGGCUUAUGUUUGGAGGGGCUUAUACAUGGAGGGGCUUAUUUUCGGAAUUUUACGGUAUGUUAAUAUUCUUGUCUUCCCAAAAUCCCCGCUUCCGUCUGAAAUAUCUCACUCCACGCAGAGAUUAGUUGAAAGCUUGAAGGAAGGCUGCAAAUGUUUUUACAGGGCGGUCACUAUGAGCUGGGGCCGGGGGCUUUCCCCCUGAUACUAUGAACGUGAUCCCCGGUUUUUUUGAUGGUAAAAUAGAAGAAAAUAAACCCCUAGCCUGUUGUUUUUACCUAGUAAGUUAAAAUCUUCGUGUCUGGCCUGAUUUUUCAGCCAGGUGGUAGAGCAUUUGAAAGUUCUGUACUGGAGGUGAUCUUGUUUUGAUAGAAACCUCACUUCUUUUCAAAUAUAAAUUAUUCUCUUCUGCGUAUAAAUGGCACUGAAGUUUCUACCAAAACAAAAUCACCACCAACGUUUAUUGGUCAGGGCCAGGAGUUGCUGGACUUGAUGUGUCGGACCCAGGCUUCGAUAUUGAUGCGGCCAUUGACGCCAGUGGAGCCGCUGACCCUAGCAUAACGGGAACCGCAGGUACUGUGAAUAACAAGUUUGUAGCUCGCUAAAAUUUCAUUUAAAAUGUUCUGAAAACGUUAUGCACCAAUCAUUUGAAAUCUCCAGAUCCCCUACCCUCCGGGAUGAUUGGGGAUAAUCCGGGGCCUUUCACUUCAUAGUCACUCUAUUUUGGUCCACCGGUAGGUGGAAAUAUUCUAGAAAUUAUGGUCUUCGCUUCCCGGACCGGCAAAUGAGCGAAGCAGUUUCUCUAGAGGAGUUGAAUCGCUCGAUAUUUAAUAGUAGUAGUAUUAGUAGUAAUGAUGAUGAUAAUAAUAAUAAUAAUAAUAAUAAUAAUAAUAAUAAUAAUAAUAAUAAUAAUAACAAUAAUAAUAAUAAUAAUAAUAAUAAUAAUAAUAAUAAUAACAAUAAUAAUAAUAAUAAUAAUAAUAAUGACUUUAUUUACAGUAGCCAUAUUUGGAUAUUUGCCAUCCUUUCUUACCCUGCGCGAUAACAAAAUUCUGGUUAACUUUUUUUUUUAACUUUUACCGUGUAUGUAUGGGGUCGUGAACUAGGGGUGGGGAAGUGGGGGAGUUCACCAUUCACCUUAGCCCUUGGGAGCCAGGAAUUCUCUUGCUUUCACUUGUAUAAAAAGUGAGUGCCUUGGUCAUCCACGAAGGGGGUCAAAGGGUUUCAAACGUCUGGUGCGUGACACUAUUAAUUUUGUUUUUCCGUUUCAGGGGCCUUUGAUGUGGACUCCACAUUGGAUUUUGACCUUGAUCACAUUGCUGGCGUGGGAGGUCUUCCGCCUGACGUCACUUCCGGUACCGAUCUCUUGGCCGUAAGUGGACUGGGUGCAGGUGAUAGUUCGGUUGAUAUUGACAUGACUGGAUCGCAAUCAAAAAUAUAAACCUUGUAGUGAAGAUUGAAGGAGUGAAGAGAGAGUGAGAGCACGAAAACUUGGCCAUAAACUUGGGAUUAAUGUUUUCAAAGCUUGGGAUCGGUACAGGAGCCCUGAUGGGCCUCUGACAAGUAUUGAGUGCUCGUUCGUCUUAGAGAGGUGUCCUUGAGUUACAGAAAAUAACUAAAGAAAAGGAAGGAUCCUAAGUCUCAUAUUAGGGACGUGACGAUACUGCGACGGAGACGGCAACGGGAACGUCAAGCAGGUAAGGGGUGUAAUAAGCAAACCAACAACUCUGCACCUGCAUCAAGCUUUGCUGUCAUUUUUUUGAUCUGGGACGCGGUCCUCCCUCUUCAACUCCAGCUUAAUUUCCCUUCUGAACGAGUUGGAAUAAUGGAAAAAGAGUGUGAAAGAAAGCGAAGUCAGGGUUUCAAUGACGUUUUCACUGCUUCGCCGUUGUCAGAUCGUAAGGUCCCUAUUUUAGAUGUGCGUCUUACAGAGGUAUGCUUUAUAACAGAGUUGACUGUAUUGUAUAUAAUGUAAAUAAUGUAUAUUUAUAUUUUCAUAUUACGAUGAG